GGCGCCCGGGCUCGGAGCCGCCUCCCCGGCAGGACGCGGCGCAGGGCAGCGCAUCUCGCAGCCUCCGGCAGGACGCGGCCGCCGCCGCCCGUGGCCCCUGGCCCUGCGCCCUGCCCGUGCGCCCCGAGCCCCGGUCACACUUCUGCAUAAAACGAGAGAAUAUAAAAACUGAGAUUUCUCGAAAAUGUCGUACAGACAGGAAUUGGAGAAAUACCGCGAUCUGGAUGAGGAUAAGAUCCUUAGUGCAUUGACAGAAGAAGAGCUCAGGACACUGGAGAAUGAACUGGAAGAGCUAGACCCUGAUAAUGAUCUGCUGCCUGUGGGACUCAGACAGAGAGACCAGACCAAAAAGACACCGACUGGACCAUUCAAAAGGGAUGAGCUUCUGGACCACCUAGAAAAGCAAGCGAAAGAUAUGAAAGAUCGAGAAGACCUGGUCCCUUUCACAGGAGAAAAGAGAGGAAAAGUCUGGGUCCCCAAGCAGAAGCCAAUCGAUCCUGUUUUGGAAAGAGUAACACUGGAGCCAGAGCUGGAGGAAGCCCUGGCUAAUGCAUCUGAUGCAGAACUCUGCGACAUUGCUGCCAUCCUUGGCAUGCAUACAUUGAUGAGUAACCAGCAGUACUACGAGGCACUCGGGAGCACCACUAUAGUUAACAAGGAAGGCCUGAACAGUGUGAUUAAGCCCACGCAGUAUAAACCAGUUCCCGAUGAAGAACCCAAUUCAACAGAUGUAGAAGAAACUCUGGAACGAGUAAAGAACAAUGACCCUAAACUUGAGGAAGUCAACCUUAAUAAUAUUAGGAAUAUUCCCAUACCAACUUUAAAAGCAUAUGCUGAAGCACUGAAGAAUAAUUCCUAUGUAAAGAAGUUAAGCAUAGUAGGAACAAGAAGCAAUGACCCCAUAGCCUAUGCACUGGCAGAAAUGUUAAAAGCCAAUGGUGUAUUGAAGAGCUUGAAUGUGGAAUCCAACUUCAUUUCUGGGUCCGGGAUCCUGGCUCUGAUCGAAGCGCUCCAGCACAAUACUUCACUGAUCGAGCUCAAAAUUGACAACCAGAGCCAGCCACUGGGCAACAAGGUGGAAAUGGAGAUUGCAAACAUGUUAGAAAAAAAUAGCUCCCUUUUGAAGUUCGGGUAUCACUUUACACAGCAAGGUCCCCGGCUUCGUGCAUCUAACGCCAUGAUGAACAACAACGACCUGGCUCGUAUACGUCGCUCUGACGGCCCCUGGCAUAACUUCUCAGCUCUGCAACUGGACGAUGUAUAAGUACAGACAGAAUUUUUUCCCUACUGGCAAUAGCUCUCUAUCUGUGCUCCACGACUUGUGCUCUCAGCUGCCACCACCUGGCUCAACUCAGACUUGGUUUUACUCUCUCUAGCUUCUGUUUUACUGCUCUUGGCUCAGCUGCAGGUGAUACGUUGUAUGAUCUAGCAUGUUAGAUGGAAGGCUUUUUACAUUCAUCCUAUGAGCUAAUUUCUGCAUUCUCCCUUUUCUGGCUGCUUUUUCUUUCCCUCUGUAUUUAUUUCAAAUAUAUAAACUGUGUAUGCAUCCAGUUUAAACUCCUUCUCUGAAAAUGCUCACUAAAGUGUGGAGGAGCAGAAAAACACAGCUCAGAGAUUAAUGAGGGAAAACCUGUUUUGGCAGGGGCACUUUUUCUGAGGUAGGAUGGCCUUUAUUAAGCUAUACAGAAGCAGUAAAAGAUAAGGACUGGGUAAGAAACCAUACUCUCCUUGUGCCGCUGCAGGCAUUCACCAGCUAUUCUGUACCUGCCUCUUAUAUGCUGAUCAUUACCUGAUGAGAAGCAAUCAGGGAGAGAUAUAAUUGAGCUAGCAAACUCUUGUUUAACAGAACAAGAUUGUUCUGUCCCCAUUUGAAGCUGAUGACAGUUACUUCAAUUUUUGAGCUCUUUUUUAAAUGACAUAGAUUUUUAAACUGAUGUUAAAGACCCUGGUCUGUGUUCUCAAGGUCACACAUCAACUUUAAUAGAAGAGAUGAGGCUAAAUCCCCUGGACUGCUUUGAAAAUCUCAACCCUGAAUCAAAGGAUGGCAGCUGAAGUCAAAUGCAUUCAAAUUAAAAAUUAGGCACAAAUUUUUAACGCGGGUGAUUAACCACUGGAACGAACACCCAAGGGAAGUGGUGGAUUUUCCAUCUCUUGAUGUCUUCUGAUCAAGACUGGAUGCCUUUCUGGAAGAGAUGCUUUAGCUAAACACACAUUAUUGGGCUCAAUGCGGGCGUAACUGGGUGAAAUUCUCUUGCUUGUGCUAUACAGGAGGUCAGGCUAGAUUAUCUAGUUAUCCCUUCUGGCCUUAAAAUCUAUGGAAAACCCCCAAACUUUUCCCCUCACGUGAGUUUUGUUCUCGUUUUAAACUAUCUGUGGAUAUACCUGCUACCCACGUGUACAGCGUCUGCUUUGACUGACCCUUGUUCCUGUUCUUUUUCAGUGAGGAAGAGGAGACUUGCAGACUUGAAUGGGCCUUUCUAUCCCAAGUGUCGAACUGGGGUGUAGUUCCCGGCUCUGAGGCUCGUGCCUGGUGGUUUGUGCUAUACCCUGGAAAUCCGAAGGCAAAGUGCCUGCACAAAACAUCUGUGGUGCCUCAGUUCUGUGUUGCAUAAUUAUGCACUAAAGGUUUAAAUUAACUAGUGAUUGUAGGUGACGAUUUGAUCAAAUAUGACUAAUGAUGUUUUCUUUAGAAUCAAGCUGAGUCAAUCCAGUUAAGAGUUGCCAAUUUUAAGCAGUCUCAGUUUAGAAUUCAUCACAGCACAAACGUGACUGUUAAUUCACCCAUGACUUAAUUUCUCUUAGGAUUUCCUGUGUGGUGUUUCAGAUAUAUUUAGGAUGUGUUAUGCAUGAGUGGAAAAAUUACUGCUCUACACAAGUUGCAUAAGUAUUUAAAAAAAUAUUUUUUCAACUUGCUUUCCUGUUUGACAAGCAUUUCUACUCUCCCACCACAUUGCUACUAUCCCAGGACUUGUAAAUUACAAUUAAUUACCAACAUUUGCUGACUUUAUUUGCAGACAUGAUGUCAAAACCACCCAUAUUUUUUCCCCAAAAGAAUUCAUGUCUUUUUUACUUCCCCCCCCCCC